UAUGUUGGCUCGUUUGUUGUUGACGCAACGCAGAACAGACGAACACCACUAUCACGAACAAGGAAAAGUUGAUGAAGGAAGGCGAAAGUCUUACUACUUGGUGGAAAUUAUGUUGUGACCUGCACCCCGCUUGACCUAUAGCGUGAAAUCAAACAGAGAGUUCGCUUCGUGAAGAUGGACUUCAAAGUUGUUUGGAAAAUCGUGUUGAUUUUCUUUCACUACUUCCUUCUUGCACGAUCCCAUUCGGACAAAUACUGCCAAGGACUGACAGAGUACGACUGUACAGAAGAACUAUUCGACACAGAAAACAAAGGGAAUUGCAUUUUGAAAAAAGUUAACGAAUCGGGCGCAACAGAUAAUAGAGAUUGUAAAACACUGUCUCUAAGAGGAAACUCCAACGAUGCUUUGGGAACCAUUAAUUUAAAACCAUACCAUCAUGGAACUCAAGAUACUUCUCAUUUGACUGCAUACAACUUAACAUUUUCAAACAUCAAAUGGACCAGCGCAGUCUUACGAUUCACCUGGGAAUCUAAUGGUAUAGAAGGGAAGUUUUGUCGAAAGUUUGAGAUAGUUGGAGAUGUAUUGCCGGGCAAGGAGCUCUUCUAUGACUGCAACUUUUUUGGAGAACCCAUGCAGAAUAAAGUUGUGAAAUUAGAGGUGAUGAUGGAGCGAGGCAAACAGCGAAGCUUAAAGAAGUUGACUUUUAAAGUUCAGCCCUAUGAAAGUCUAGAGCAAGAAAUGAGGAGAGACGCUGACACUGCAUCGUGGCAAGUUUUCGCAUACGUUGACAUUUCAUCAGAGAAAACCAAAAUUGUGAAUAUUGGCUACAACAAUAAGUUUGGUCCAUUGCAGUUCAAAGUGACAGCCAAUGGAUCAAGUGACAACGUUGUAAAAAUGAGCGAUAACGUCACUGGCUCUACAUCGGUCUCGUUUCAAUCGUCUGAACUCUAUUUGCCAGUCAAUUUUAUCAUCCAACCCAUGAAUGGCAAAUGUAAGGGUGAGUGCCAAAGCGUCACAACACCCAUCAUUGAUAAUGAGCCACCCUCAUAUUCGUUUGUGAUUUUCUCCGUCAUUCCAUUCCUCCUGGUUCUUGCGCUGCUUGCUUUCUUGGUGCUUGUGUUCUUGCCAACCAAACGGAAAUAUCAGCUGAUUGGUAUUCCAAGGCCGACCGUCUUGAUCAUGUACAAAGCAAACCACGACUUUCACUCUGCACUGGUUGAACAACUAGCCAACUUUUUGACGAAAAAGAAUAUGGAUGUGCUCCUAGAUACCCAAGAAAUAGCUAAACUCAGUGAUCCUGAUCCCUCAAGAUGGGCGUCUAAUGCAAUCGAAGGAGCCGACGUGAUUCUCAUCGUUAGCAGUCCGUCCUGCUGUCCGAAUCGGAAGGAUGGUAUUUACGGCCGACAAGUGUAUGACCUCAUGGAAAGAGAAAUCCGGAAUAAUACAACCAAGGAGGGGUGUCGCUUGGCCAGAAUACUCUUGCCUUACUGCUCGAAAAAUGACUUCUCUGCCGCGAUGAAUUACCCCAUCUUCAGCGUUCCCAAUGAAAUGACUAAACUCAUCAACUUUGUGCACAAACUCAAUGACUCGGUGUGCAGGAUUGUUCUGCCGUUCACAGCCAGGGAAAAUCAAGAUUUAAUUGAUCUGAGCAGAAAAAUCUACCUGUGCCAGCAACGCAUGGAGGCGCAUGAGGUGCUGGAUGAUGACAAGGGAAGCAUGUUCACACUAGAUCUGACCCACGAUCUAUCGCCCGACAAAUGUUCGGUGGGAGAUAAGUCUGUGGAAACUGUUUGCACUGAUGUAAAAGAAGACAGCCUGUAUCCUAAUAUGAGGCUGCUUAAUCUGGAAGGAAGACAAGAUGAUGAGGAAACAACUCGUCUUACUAGCAGACCUGAUAUUGAAAAACUGCAGCAUUUGUAAGAAGGAUAUUGUGGUUUUUGUUAUUGUGGUCUCCUGGCUUUGAAGUGAUUUGAGCCUAAAUUUCAGUAGCCAUGCAAACGCCAUGCCAAAAGUACUUAUAUGUAUUUUGUCGAACAAUAUGAUUUUGUAACUACUAUUUCGUCUUAAGUAAAAAAUUAUUAAAUAUUAUUUCAAAGCGUCUCAGCUGAAAUGCGUGCUAUAAUUCAUAAAAAAACUUUGAAAAAAUCAUCAGAUCACAUUCAAUUUACGUGUAUUAGCUAAUACUUGUUUUAUUAAAUCUCAAACACUAAAAUUAUGGAAAUGAAACCAAUGAAUUGUUUUUAAAAUAGAGAAAAGUGUUCUUAUUUUUUGUGAUUUUACACAUGACUAUUUGCAAUAUCAGCGCCUAAUUUAAACAUCCCGCAACCAACUCAAUUAAAAAUGUCCACGGUUAUUGGCAAAGCUAUCUGUCCCUUAAAAUUAUUACACGAAAUAAAAAAAUGAAUAAAUAUUCAUUAUAUUUUCUCAUUUUACAUGUAUACGCCAAUAUCCAUUCUACAAAUCAACAAUUCCUCGUUAUUAUGUGCAAUGCUUAGUUGUAAAUAAAUCUUUUUGUAAUGUGAAAUGAAUAUUUUUGUGAAUGCUCACAGUCUGUGUCGCAUCCUAACUUUUUCAGUGGAUCAAACUUAUGUGUUGGAGGUACUUUUAAACUGUUUUUAUGUUGUCAGUGAGAUGUGUCUAAUGUUUGAAUAAUUUGUGUACAGGCAAGAACUAAAUAUGUAUCGAGGUCUUUAA